CAACAUAAUUACCGAAAACUCAUCAUCACCUCCUAAUUCCAAUGUCUUAUUCUUCAAAGCUCUCCUCCACCAUCCUCCUCCUAACCUGGGCCCUCCUUCUCCGAACAUCUCUCGGAGCCGACCCUCUUUCCUAUGUCUGUUCAAACCCUCAAAACUUCACCGCCAACACGCCUUUCGACUCCAACUUGAAAACGCUCAUUACAAUUCUUACCUACAAAACACCUCUCACUGGUUUCGGUCUCGCAUCCAUUGGCCAAAACAAGAACCAGAAAGCCUACGGCCUCUCUCUUUGUCGUGGGGAUGUUUCUCCCUCAGACUGCGAAACUUGUGUCUCCGAAGCAACCACCGGACUCCUCAAACGAUGCUCCUACGACAAAGGUGCCAUAAUCUGGUACGACAACUGCCUGUUCAAGUAUUCGGACCAAGAUUUCUUCGGCUGCAUUGAUAACGCAAACAAGUUGUAUUUGUUGAACGUGCAAAACGUCAGUGAUCCUGACGCUUUCAAGUACAAGACGAAGGGGUUGUUGAGCCGACUUGCAGAGGAAGCUCAUGCGAACCCUAACAUGUAUGCAGCGGGAGAGUUAAAGCUUGAAGGAUCGAAGAACAUGACAGUGUAUGGGUUGACUCAGUGCACCAGAGACCUUUCUAGCGAGGAUUGCAAGAAGUGUCUUGAUGAUUUAAUCGGUGAACUCCCUAACUGUUGUAAUGGGAAACAAGGUGGCAGAGUUGUAGGCGGAAGCUGCAACGUGCGAUAUGAGAUUUACCCUUUCUUCAAAGUGUAGGGUAUAGAACUUCGUGUGUCGUGGAUUCAUGAUUAUGCAUUAUCAUUCACCAUAUAUGUUGUUGAAUAAAGUUCAUUCAUUUCUUUGAUUAUUCAUUAUUAUUUACCAUACAAAUAAAUAAAACAUACAAAUUGUACUAAUAUUCCUAAGCCAUUGAUUUUCUACAUUAUUUGGGUAAAUUAGAUUAAAUUAUAAUAAAGCAUUGGUG